CUGCGAGGGCAGUGUGCUGUCGGUUCUCGUGCGGUGCGGUGGGCUGGCUAGCCGGAGCUCUCGAGGCAGUCCAUGUGCGCCAACGCCAUGGCGAUCAACCUGAACCAGUUCCAGAUUCGCUAUCCGGACUUUCCGAAGUAUCUGUGGGAGUCGCCUACGCCCUACUCCGAUGCCAUGAAUAUCAAGAAGAGCCGUCGCAACCCGGAACACACGAAGCGUCCGCUCAACACAUUCAUGCUCUUCGCCAAGAUCCAGCGCGAGUACAUCACGGCGAACUUCAGCUGCAACCACUCUGAGAUCUCCAAGGCGCUGGGCCGCCUGUGGCAGGACCUCAGCAAGGACGAGAAGGAGCCGUUCAUGCGCGGCGCCAAGACUCUGGUGGAGCUGCACCGGCUCGAGUACCCCGACUACAAGUACCGGCCGCGCAAGAAGGGACAGCCCAAGGAGACGGUGGCCAAGACGACCGCCUCCCCUGCCGCCAAGAAGAACUCGUCGCGUCAGGAGCGUAAGCCGGUGGUGGCAGCCAGCUACAUGUCUCCGGCUAGCCCGCCGGGUCUGACCGCCGACCCGAGGUACCUGGGCGGCGGCGGCAGCCCGCUGUCGGCCGUGGCGGCGCCCGACAGUCCGCUGUCCUCGUGCUACGGCGGUGUGUCGCCGCUGUCGCCGGCCGGCUCGUCGCACUGCCAGGCCAGUCCGGCCAGCGUGCUACACACGCCCUACAGUCCGGUGCCGUCUAUCGGCUCCUCGAGCGGCUACGAGUCGGAGAUGUCCUCGGGCCUGGCGGCGCACGAGCUGUCGGCCGGCGCCGCCGAGGAGGCCGCCUUCUACGACAUUUCGCCGGCCGGCCACUGCCCCUUCUCGCCGGAGCCCGAGGCCGACAUGGACCUGGAACUGCGCGAGCUCGACGUGCAGCCGCUCGACGAGGAGUCGUCGCUGCUCAACCCGCUGGCCAUGUUCCCCGUACUGGACCUGUGCAGCGACGACCUCGACGACCUGGCCUUCGCCUUGUAGGCGGCGCCAGGCUCGGCCGCGCUGACGACGCUCCGGUACAAAUGGGUGUGCAUGAUUCUGGCUGUGGACUGUGUGGCUGGCGACCGGGCGGCGGCCGGGACUGAGGUCGCCGACCCGGUCUGAACGGGUCACUUGAUGGGACCUGAAACGGAUCUAGAAUGGCUGAAGUGGUCUCUUAACGGAAACGUUUUCUGUUAGCGUUGAGCGCUGACUUUUAGAGAUGUCUGUGGUCUGAAGUUGAAGACGAUCUUAUGUGUUAAGAGGACUGGGUUGUGGCUAGGGAUGGCCGUUUUAUGUUUUAAUCAAAAUUGAUUCUAAUGUGAGGUGAAGCAGGCCGAGUCUCCACAUCUGGCAGUUGCUUUCGGAUCGGUCUACUUGAAGAAGGGCCAGAUAAUGGUUGAUUUUAUUGUAUUGUUGAGGGCAGUUUCUUGAGGCAUUUUUGCUAGUCCUGUACGGUACUGUGUAGAAUCCGUAACGAUUUUGAUGGACUUAGCCGAGCUGCCAUUAAGUUGAUUAUGCGCGUUUUAUUUAUUUUCCAACUGAUCUCAGUUAUUUGAAGUUAGACGGAAGCGGUUAUCGUUGUCAAUGAAAGAUAAGGUUCGGCCCAAAUUUAUCAUUAGGUUAUACGAGGAAUGACAGAGAACACUUAUCAUAAAGUUAGGGCUAUAGAACUUAUUCAAACAUACUACCGUACUUUGGAGGUGCUCUGGUUUGUAACUUAUAAUUGACAGGACUUUUGGGGGAAUUUGGUAAGAAACAUUUAGGUAAGAUCGAUUAUUUUGCGUUGCCAGCCAGCUGCUGAAGGAUUGCUGUCGAAUUGAGGACAUUUGACGAAACUUGUAAUCUUCUAUCCACUCUGACGUGUCUGGGCUAGAUUUGAACGCCCAUUUUCAAGUAAUAGUGGGUAGUCUUUGAUAGCAUAGUUUGUGUGGUUCAGCUCGUGAAAUUCGUCUGUGUCAAUAGACGUAGGUUUUAGAGCGUGGACGAGCACUUUUGCGAGCACGAGUCACGUGACAGGAGGAGGCACAAAUUGAGUUAUUACCUCACAAUGAACAUGCCUGAGACAUUGACCAGAUGCCUAUAUUUUCCGGCCGUGGAGGCCGCGCUGGCAAUACGGAUCCCCGCGCCGCUCUGCGCGGCUCUCAAACCACGGCUCGUGAGUUAGUGUUUGUCAAUUGUCAUCGAUAUAGUAGGGCCCGUAUCUUUCCGACGGGGCGUUAUUUUUACAUGCAUACCAUACCGUGGAGCUUCUCAUAACUCACUAGCAUUCAGAUGUGCCUACCACCGCCGGCGGCUGACGUGAAAACGGACGCAUGCUCGCAGGGGUGAAAGGUGCAAUCGACUCGGGGUAACACGCGCCAUGUUUGAAAUCCACAAUUGGAUCACAUCUCUGCCGCUGUCUGCGCACAGUGCGGUUGUUAAUUUCAGCUCAAAGAUCUCCUUAGGAUGGCCUCGGGCUGGCCCCGGACCGCGCCAGCGAGUGGUCACGUGCUCCGUGCGCGUGCGCACGUGCAGUUUGUUUGGCUCAGAGCGAGGCGCAGUGAACAGUUUGCUCAUUUGCCAUCGUUCGACGGGCAGUGUUUGGUUUAUGGUCGGACGGCUCGGCGAUUGGCCGAGGCCCACUGAACGCCCUUGUAAAUAUGUCAGCCAGCCGGGACGACUCGAUAAUGUGCUGCAUUUCGCUUGUGAUUGACGGUGUAUCUAGUCGAACUUCGUAAUUUUGUAUGAAGUGCGUGUGUUCAGAGCUGUAUCGUUUGUUACCAAUAUAUCACGCCUCCACAAA